CUGGCGCUCACGUGACCGGGCGCGGCUCGCUCGCGGAAGAAGGCGGCCCGCUGCCCCGCGCCGGGAUGGUGCAUCUGUACAACCUGCACCCGUUCGGGUCGCAGCAGGUGGUCCCCUGCAAGCUGGAGCCCGAGCAGUUCUGCGCCGGCGGACGCGACGCGCUGUUCGUGGCGGCGGGCUGCAAGGUGGAGGCGUUCUCGGUGGACGGCCGGGAGCUGUGCCGGCCGCGGUGCGCCUUCUCCACGCUGGGCAGGGUGCUGCGCAUGGCCUACAGCCAGGAGGGAGACUAUUUGGUAGCAAUUGAGGAGAAAAACAAAACUACAUCCCUCCGUGCUUAUGUGAACUGGAAAAGAAAAAGGACUGAGAACUCCCGAGUGUGUAUCCGCAUGGUUGGGCACAAUGUGGAGGCACCCUUCAGCGAGAGCUUCCGAGACCAGAUGUCUAUUAUUGAAAUGCCACUGUCCGAGGCUCCUUUGAGCAUUGCAUGUUGUCCUGUGAAAGGAGAUCUCCUUGUUGGCUGCAGGAAUAAGUUAGUGUUAUUUACUUUGAAGUAUUUGGUCAUUAAUGAGCAAUUCUCAGUAUUGGACUUUGAACGUUCUUUAAUUAUACACAUAGAUAAUAUCACUCCCAUCGAAAUUUCUUUUUGUGUUGGAUAUGUCGCUGUCAUGUCAGACUUAGAAGUCUUAAUCUUUAAACUGGCAUCAGACCUUACAAAUGGAGAGAGAAUUGACCAUCAUCUACAGGAAACCAGCAACCCUUUGAAACAGACAGAAGAUAUCCAUAAUGAAAUUUCACAGCUUGAGUCAGAUGAUUUUGUUAUCUGCCCCAAACCCAUGGAACUCCUUGGUGAAAAAAGUGAACAGUCUGGAGUGUCUGUUAAACUGGAGUCUACAGGAUUAGCAGAUGAAAAACUAAAAUAUUUACAUAUUCAACACCUGCUUUAUAGACGUUUCGCUCCUGAUAUCUCAUCCUAUGUUUUGUCUUCUAACAUCAAAUUACAUUCCCUCCAGCUACUUCCCAUUUACCAAACAGGUUUUCCUUCUGAUGGGAAGAAUUCGUCUCAGGAAAAAGAGCUGCUGAGUCUCUUCUGUUUCUUCUCGCUACCCCAUGUUGGGUAUCUGUACAUGGUUGUGAAAUCUGUUGAAUUAAUGUCAGUCUACCAGUAUCCUGAGAAGUCGCAGCAAGCAGUGCUCACACCACAAUUUUUGCAUGUAAUUACAAGCCACAACCUGCAGUGUUUCACGGUGCGGUGCAGUGCUGCAGUAGCUCGUGAGGAGGACCGGUACAUGGAUACCACCCUGAAGGCUUGCCCACCUGUCAGUAUGGAUGUGUGCGUUUUAAGGAUACAGCUUUUCAUAGGCUUGAAAGCCAUUUGUCACUUUAAAAACCACAUUAUCCUUUUGACCAAGGCAGAACCCGAGGCCAUUCCAGAGAGAACAGAAUCACCGAGGAAGCUUCUUUCUACAAAAGAUACCAGUGUUAAGACCAAAAUGCCUUCUGUAGCUGAGGCUGGGUGGAAUUUGUAUAUUGUGAACACCAUCUCACCAGUGCAACUAUACAAAGAAAUGGUAGACUAUAGUAACACCUACAAGACGGUGAAAACCCAGAGCUGCAUCCACCUUCUCAGUGAGGCUCAUCUUUUAGUGAGAGCUGCCCUGAUGGAUGGCAGUCAGCUGGAGCCUAGAGAGAAAGCAGAGCUUCUAGAAGCAUUUAGAGAAAGCUGUGGGCACCUGGGAGACUGUUACAGCAGACUUGACACUCAGCACUCCCACCUCGCCCUGCCGUACUACAAGAUGUCGGGUUUGUCUCUGGCUGAAGUUUUGUCCAGUGUGGACUGGACGGGAGAGAAUGAAUUACGGAAAUAUGAGAGAGGAUUGACAUUUUAUAUUAAUCAUUCACUUUAUGAAAACCUGGAUGAAGAAUUAAGUGAAGAAUUAGCAGCAAAAGUGGUUCAGAUAUUUCACGUGACGGAACCGAAGCAACUUCCCCAUAUUCUCUGUAGUCCGUCUAUGAAGAACAUUGAUCCUUUAACUGCUUUGCACUAUUUAAGGAAGCUGGAUACUUCUGGAUUUUCCUCGAUCUUAGUAACCUUGACCAAGGCAUCAGUUGCUUUGAAAAUGGGAGACCUUGACAUGUACAGAAAUGAAGUGAAAAGCUAUUCAGAGAUGAAGUUGGUAUGUGGCUUCAUCCUGGAACCUCGGCUACUAGUUCAGCAGAGGAAAGGACAGAUUGUUCCUACUGAACUUGCAGUUCACUUGAAGGGAGCUCAGCCUGGAUUGCUUGUGGCUUCAGUCCUAGGCUUGCAGAAGAACAAUAAAAUUGGAGUUGAAGAAGCAGAUUCUCUCUUUAAGGUGCUCUGUGGUAAGGAUGAAGAUAUAAUUCCUCAGCUCUUGAUAGACCUCUGGGAAGCUCAACUUGUAGCCCGUCUCCCAAAUGUGGUCCUUCAGGAACUGUGCUUCAAGCUCACGUCUCAGUACAUCUGCAGAUUAUCUAAGAGGCAGUCUCCUGACACCACACCAUUGAGAACAGCAGAGGAUUUGAUAAAUGCCUGUAGUCAUUAUGGCUUAAUCUACCCAUGGGUUCAUGUCUUGAUAUCAUCUGAUUCCUUAGCUGAUAAAAAUUACACAGAAGACCUUUUGAAACUGCAGUCUCUCAUAUGUGGUCCUUCAUUUGACAUAGCUUCCAUUACUCCAUUCUUGGAGCCACUCUCAGAAGACACCGCUGCCGGCCUCAGUGUUCACGUUCUGUGUCGCACACGCCUGAAGGAGUAUGAACAGUGCAUAGACACACUGUUAGAGCGGUGCCCCGAGGCCCUCAUUCCUUAUGCUAAUCACCAGCUGAAAGAAGAGAACCGGAUUCUGUGGUGGAAAAAACUACUACCCGAACUGUGUGAGAAGAUGAAGUGUGGGGGAGAAAAACGUCAGCUUUACCUGUCAUCAUUAAAAGAAACCUUGUCCGUUGUUGCUGUGGAACUGGACCUGAAGGAUUUCUUGAAUGUCCUCCCGGAAGACGGCACUGCAGCGUUUUUCUUGCCCUACCUUCUCUACUGCAGUCGGAAGAAACCGUUGACUUGAAGUAUCAUUUGCAAAACAGUAGCACGAGAGACUGAACUUUUCACUACUCCACGUCUGAUAGAAAUACACACAAAGGAUUUUUGUAUUAUGUGUAUUACGGAUGCUUUAAGGACGCUUACCUUACCAUGUAAUUGUAGCUAUUAACUUCCUAAUUUAAAACCCAAAUUUAAUUGUCCAGAAUAUAAAGCUUUAAGACCUAAGAAUUCUUCAAAGAAGCCGUAAAUUCUCUUCUUGUUCUUUGGGUUUUUGGUCUGUAGACUAUGUUCGCCUAGAGCUCACUGUGAAGCUCUUCCUGCCCUCAGACUCACGGUGUUCCUCCCAAGUAUUCUAGGUGUGCACCGUGCCUGGCUAAAAAGCCAUGUCGUUUUUAGAGGUGGAGACUGACUUUUUUUUUUGAGGAUCCACAUUUCAUUCCAAUGACAAUGUCAUUCAUGACAAUCUUUCACACCGCAGAAUCACUUAAAGGAAACACAUUGCAAGUGUGUUUGACUGAUACUCUUAAGUGGUCAAAUGUUUUGUCAUCUUGAUUUUUACAGAUUUUCCUAUUGGGUUACUGUUAUUUUAGUUUCACCACAGUAAAAGAUUGCAUCCUUGGUUUUCUAGUUACUUUUAAAGCUGUGUUUUUCUCUGAAUGAAAGGAAUGGAAGUUUACAAAGUGGCUUCUUGUCCAGCUGUGAACGUGACCUGUUGAGUGCACAUCUUUUCAGCCAAAGCCUUGUUUCUAUUUUUAUUUAUAUGUACAUACUAUUACUCUUUCAACGAGAAUAUAUGUGAAAAUAAAAAAUUCUAUCUGAUAUUCA